AUUCUAUACUCGUCCGACCGUUGGACGGAAGACUCAGAGAAUAGCCCUAGCACACCGAGCAACAAAGUGAGAAUCGGCCGGUUUUGUGCAACUUGCAGGCCCCAAUGACGUUUCUUUCAAGUUUAAGGCUAAUGUGAAUAACUAUCUUCUGCACACUUUACAUUUAGAUGUGCGUGAUCAGAUGGAAAUCUUGCCCAUCAGUGAUACAUGUGGGGUUUGGUUUUUUGGCAUUGCGAGACAAUUGCAAGAUGGACAUCAUAUCUCAGCUACAGGAACAAGUCAAUACAAUUGCAUCUCUUGCCUUUAAUUCCUUUGGGACACUGCAAAGGGAUGCCCCUUCAGUACGCCUUUCACCAAAUUAUCCAGAACCAACCCCCGCCAAUCCCUCAGACGACACUGUGAAUACUGCAGAGCAACCCAAACUAAUGAGUGCGGCCCUGGUUAAGGCUGCUAAGCAGUUUGAUACAUUGGUUAAUGUGCUUCCAGUAUCCGAGGGAGAUGAAGCACAACUGGAACGGAUUGCAGAACUUGAGGCUGAAAAUGAAGCAGUGGGACAGGAACUUCAAAGGCAACUGGAAGCAGCAGAGCAAGAGUUGAAGCAGGCUCAGGAGUUAUUUAACCAAGCUGUUGACAACUGCGUGAACUUGAAGAAACCUGAUUGAUGGACAAGGUUCAGGAGUUAUUAAACUGAGGCAGCCACUUGAACUUGAAUAGACCCAAUCAGUGACUAGUGGACACGGGGAAGUAUGAGUUACGUACGCCCUUCUUUUUUGUACAUUUUGAUUUUUCCUUCCUCUAAACAUAUGAUGUGGUUCAUAUUGAAAAUUAAUGAA